GGUCCCCCUCGGUGCAGGUGGGGUCCCGGUGUGGCAGCCGCGCGUAGGGCCUCCCUGGAGGAGCAGGGCGAAGAGGAGGCGGGUGAUUUAUUCUGUGCCCUAAUGACUGCUGCUAACGAGGCAGCCAGGGAGGGAAGGAGCAGCCAGGGAGGGAGGGAGCUUCCCGUGUGAGGUGCCGGCUGCAACUUCCCAGGCCCGCAGGAGGGAGCGGGGGGAGGCCCGGCCUGUGCCCGGCCUUGCUGCCAGGGCCCGGCCGCUGCCCCGGGGGGCGGGCAGUGCUUCUCAUCGGGUGAGGCAAUAAACCUCGGCGGCAUUUCCAGACCAGCCUGGCCCGCUGUGGGGGUGAAGGAAGGCGGGUAGCAACCCUGAUGCUUGGCAGAAUGACAGAUCCUCUCUGGUAACAGCAUGCAGCUAGCUGACUCUCAACAUGGGGGGGGAGGACAUUUUCUACUCAUUUUGAACCUAAUGUGAUAGUAUUUGAGUAACGCAAUCUUUUUCUCAGGAGUUAUUUGGCCGCUGGUGAGAUUACAGAUCCUGCUCUUCUCCCCUGCAUGGAAAGGGCUGUUGGCCCAUCAGAGUUUAACGUGCAGGCUGUAAUCUUAAUCUGUUCCUCGUAGUCCAGCGACAAGCGCAGGCUCGAUGCGUCUUGUGAGCAGAAUCUUGUGUACCUAAAAAGUGGAAAUACUUGAAAACUUACUACUAACAACAGGCUGUUUCUAUGUGGUCCUUAUUGCCUGGUUUACUGACAUAAAGAGAAUUACAUUUAUCACUGGCAGUCUUAUAAACUAUUUUAGUUUGGAUAUACUAGCUGUGAUAUUUUUAUUUUUUUAUGUUUCAUUCUGUUUGACCAGUGAUAAUUAGCUAGCCAAGCUUUUUUUCCUGCCUAGAGUCAGUGUCCCAUUUUGGUUCGCUCAUGUGAAGGUGGUACUGGUGUGUUGCGGGGUGUAAUCUUGCAGGAAAGUGUGCAGGGAGGGUCGUGUAUCUGUAGCAGUGUUUGGUGGCUUUUAUUUUUUUGUGUAUGUGUGUGUGUCUCUUGUUUUACUUCUAAAGCAAUAUCUUAAGUUCUGUCCUUGCCCUGUUGAGCAAAAGUGGAAGUUAGAUGCUGGGUACAAGCUUCUGCAAUCAGUUACCCUUUUUAAAUUUUUGUAACCUGAGACUCCUUAUUCAGAGGAGACUAGGUGAAAAAUCAUAGUUACAUUAAAAAAAUAAAUCGGAAGCAUCCUCAUGUCUUAGUAUCAGUCAAAGAAUUUCAUGAUUAAAUUACAACAGAAACAUUUACUUACGCAGUCACCUCCAUAAAAAGCAGUGUUAAUUAAAUCUGUUACUGCCCAACCACAGGCUUCAACUAGAACCUCUUCUCUGCUGUCCCAGGUGUGGAUGGAGAGCAUGAUACCAUACUGUUAUUCCCGCAGAUAUUCACGGAAGACACUGAGAGAAAGGAGCGGGAGCAUACGCGAUAGUCCUGUCUCGGCACAAUACAAGUCUAGGUUUGAAUUGUUGCCACCUUGAAAACUGGGCUGUAUUUGAAAUCUUAAUAGUCCCCCCGAAAUGAUGUAACUUCACCUUUAACUAGUCCGUGGCAACAGGUACAGGUUUACAGAAUAGCUUCUGGAACAUUCUAGCACUCGAAUGCAGCGUUGCGUUCAGCGUAACGCUCAGAGGCACUGCCCUGUUAAUUGCAGGGUUUUGGUAGGCCUAAUAUUGCUGCACCAAGCCAUAUGGGGGAAAAUACAGCCCAGUUCUUGUUCAUAAGUUUUAGUUCUGUGGGUUUUUCCGCCUUCCCCAGAACCAUUGAUCUUGAAGAUGGUGAGUAGCCAGCCUAAGUACGAUCUAAUACGGGAGGUUGGUCGUGGCAGUUAUGGUGUGGUGUACGAAGCAGUCGUCAGGAAGACCUCUGCACGGGUCGCGGUGAAAAAGAUUCGGUGCCAUGCUCCAGAGAAUGUGGAACUAGCUCUGCGUGAGUUCUGGGCACUUAGCAGUAUCAAGAGCCAGCAUCCCAACGUCAUUCACCUGGAGGAGUGCAUCUUGCAGAAAGAUGGUAUGGUGCAGAAGAUGUCCCAUGGCUCCAGUUCCUCCCUUUAUUUACAGCUUGUAGAGACCUCAUUAAAAGGAGAAAUAGUCUUUGACCCCAGAAGUGCUUAUUACCUCUGGUUUGUCAUGGAUUUCUGUGACGGAGGAGACAUGAAUGAGUAUCUGUUGUCCCGAAAGCCGAACCGCAAGACCAACACCAGUUUCAUGCUUCAGCUCAGCAGCGCACUGGCGUUCCUGCACAAAAAUCAGAUUAUUCAUCGUGAUCUCAAACCUGACAAUAUUCUGAUAUCUCAGAGCAGGAUGGAUGCUAGUGACUUGGAGCCUACCCUGAAAGUAGCUGAUUUUGGGCUGAGUAAAGUAUGCUCAGCCUCAGGACAGAACCCUGAGGAACCAGUCAACGUAAAUAAGUGUUUUCUGUCAACUGCAUGUGGGACUGACUUCUAUAUGGCCCCCGAAGUCUGGGAAGGACACUAUACUGCCAAAGCAGACAUCUUUGCAUUGGGGAUUAUAAUCUGGGCAAUGUUGGAAAGAAUGACGUUCAUAGAUACGGAAACAAAGAAAGAACUUCUGGGGAGUUACGUCAAGCAGGGGACGGCGAUCGUGCCUGUUGGAGAGGCGCUUCUAGAAAACCCUAAAAUGGAACUGCUCAUCCCCGUAAAGAAAAAAUCCAUGAAUGCUCGAAUGAAACAGCUGAUCAAGGAAAUGCUGGCUGCCAACCCGCAGGACCGGCCCGAUGCAUUUGAGCUAGAACUGCGAUUAGUCAACAUAGCUUUUAAAGACAGCAGCUGGGACACGUGACCUGCCGAGCCGUGUCUCUCUUGAUAGAGCUCCUUAUCGCCUAACUGAUGGUGCAACUUCAUGUCAGUAAAAGAAACGAGCCUGAACUCAAACCUGCGGGGUGUAGUUUCUACCAAACGAAUCUCUUCUGAGUUUCAUAAAUGACACGAAUGUUGGGUUGGCCGUUGUGUUAAUGAUGUGUAUAAUACCAGGACGUUACAUGCAAGUGCAAGAUGUGCCGAUGUUCGUUUGCGUAUGCUGGCAGUAGGAUGUCUUAAGAGCUGAGACUUUAUUUCCAGCACUCUCUCGCGGAGUAUUUCGUACAUUCCAGCUUCCUAUGUCAGUAUUAGGAACUCUCAUGAAAAAGAAAAAAGAUUUGCAUGCUGGUAGUGCAAAUCUUGAGGCUUUGUAAAGUAAUUCUGUGUAUAUAUGUAUACGAGUGACUGGGAGUGUAUGCUACUUAAAUUAUUUGCUAUGGGUCUGAAUGAUUGGGGUCUGCUAGAAACCUAGGUAAAGAAGAUAGAUGAGAAGCAUUCCUUCUUCUCCAGGCCUGAAUAACUUUAUUAUUUAUUUUUGUUAUCUAAUGUCAAAGAUGGGGUCUGAGACUUGACUUUGUAGACAAAAAAUGCAAUGCAAGGGGAUCAGCAGGUUUUUUUUUUUUAAAGCGCUGACAUGGCCAAGCUUAGCAGCUACAGCCUAAUGAGCUUGUCACUGAGGGAGUCAAAUCACAAAUGUAUGUAAUCAGGUGCUAGUAUGUUGGCUAGCUCACUAAUAAUUUGAUUUUUGCUUUCUUCUAGUAGUCAAAUACUUUAUUAAUCAGUUCAUCUACAGUUUCACAACAUCCUCUCUGCUGUUGUACCUAUAAUCCAAUAGCACCUUGGGUACUUCAAAUAGGAGAGUAUGAUGAGCUGAGUUUAUGGAAACGCGGGUGAGGGAAUCCGGCAGCACAGAACGUUAUUUUUAAGAGUCUUCAAAAUAUGGUUGCAGCACAGUUUUCCUGUUAACUGACUCUAAUAAUGCUGGUCAUGGUCGCUUCCUUUCUGGCACUGACUCUGACCUGGUAGUGAUGAGGAGAUAAAGGGCUGAGUGUUUGUCUUGGAGAACACACCUCUUCUCAAACACAGGAGAGCUCAGUAACCGGUACGUGAAAGGCAUCUGCGGUUUGUGUGGCACCCUUGGCUGAUUUUUUUUUUUUUUAAAUUUGUUUUCUUCCUUUUAAAGAAGUAAUAUUUAUUUAAAACCUCGGACAGUAGGAUGGAAAGCUUUGAAGUAGUUGAAAGGCUGCUUAUCCCCAGCUCCUGUUCCACAGAAGCAGAUUGAUCUGCUAAGAGAGGUUUCGCAGAGGCCACCUGACACUGUACAGCAGACAGGAGCUGCUUUGUAAUAAUACAACACUGUUCUUUUGGGUGCAGGACUGUGACCUUUCUCAUUAAUUUGACCUUUUGGAAGAAGUAAGAGUCUUAAAAAAAAAAAAAUUGCCUUUAAAGGCAGAUAUAUUAAAGCUGCAACAAAGGCUGGUUUUUUAAUAAAAUCAAUUUAACGUGUUUUCCUAAAUCUUACCUGAAAACUGCCCUAAGUAUUCACUCGUGUAACUUGCUUCUCGGACACUGUUCCCUCUCAGUGCUGAGAGAGCAGUUUUGAUCAGUCAGUGCUUAUUCUGCCUGAGCGAGAAUAAACAUCAGGAACAAAAU